AAGACCAGAGUGCAGGACUUGCUGUCCUGUAGCCUUCCUGAGGCUUCUCUCUUGAAGGUGCCUUCCAGGCACGACUGCAGGACUUGCUGACUCGGAGCUUUUCCGAGGCAUCUCUCCUGCAAGUAGCCUCAAAUCCAGUCACUGCCAUGGAGCAGAGACCCCUGAGAGGGCCCAAGCUGGCCUGGGUGCAGGAGGAGGAAGAAGGCCCUGGAGCUGCCCCAAUAGAGGAGAUCAAAGAGGUGGUGCGGUUCAAGACUCUACAGGAGGAUGCAGCCGUGGACCGCACACAAGAGCAGGACCCCGCCCGUGGCCUCUUCCGCAGAACAGUGGAGGUGCCCGCCAUGGUGAGGUACAUCCACCAGUGGCUCAUGGACAAUCAGUUUGCUGAGCAGAGGCUGAAGAGGGCCCUGCUGGAUCUCACCGAAGAACAGCCUGCUGAUGUAGUAAUGACGCUCCUGUGUGUGGCCCCAUCCUGUGACAGAGCUGCUUUCACCAUGUGGAAGAGCAUCAUGUGCUCGCCCAGGACUGCCGAGCCAGUGCAGCUGAUGCUCCUCGAUGUGCUGGGGAGUUGGCCAGAGCACAGCACGUUCACCUCUGAUGGGGGCAAAACUGGUGUCUUUGUCCUGGCUGUGAGUUUCUGCAACUGGCCUUUGCUGGCCCCAAGGCCACCUGCCCAGCAGCUCUCCAUCCUCCUUGCCCCACUGCAUCUCCCUGCCUCAGGCGCUGGGCUGAAACCUGGCCACGGGGCAGCUUCAGGGGCACCAGGCCCGCUGCUCCUCCUGCGUCUCCCCGGGCCUCUCCCUCCCGUGCUCGGGCCCUGCCACACGGACACCUCGGCACUGAGCGCUGUCUAG